AUGUCGUCAACACAGAUUGCUUCUUCGUUCGUCGAGGAUGCUCCACCAGGCGAGCUGUUCAAUGUCUUGACCGACGUCAAGGCCCUCACAAGCUCCGAGUCAAGCUUAAUCUCCAACAUCUCUCCUGCCAUUGAGAAGUACCACGAGACACAAUUCAGCACGGUCAAGCUACCGGGCGGCAGCGGCAGCGCGCUAGUCAGCCAGUACAACAGCUUGGGCAACAACCGCUACUACGACAGCGCAACCAACACAGCCUUCGACUUUGACCCACUCGAGCAAAAGGCCUCAAAUGCUCAAAGCCAUGCUCUAGAAAGCCAGAACGCCGACUUGAUUCAGAAGCUGAACAAGGCCCUCCGCGCCCACGCCGACGAACACUACCCCUCUGCCACCGUCGGCGUAUUUCCCGCCGAGAACGACUCAAAGAUCGCCCUCGUACUCGUGAGCAACAAGUACAGUCCCAACAACUUCUGGAACGGUCGUUGGCGCGCACACUACCUCUACACUCCCUCAAACUCCUCCCUCUCUGGUACCAUCAGCAUCGACGUCCACUACUACGAAGACGGCAACGUACGCCUCCAAACCUCCAAGCCCGUCUCAAUCUCCAAUGCUAGCGAUGCCGUCCGCGAAAUCGCAAAGAUCGAGAAGAGCUACCAAACAGAAGUCAACCAGGCAUUCACAAAACUCAAUGAGGGUGCUUUCAAGGGUCUGCGAAGACAGCUUCCCGUCACCCGCCAAAAGGUUGAGUGGGAGAAAAUUAGUGGUUACAGGCUUGGACAAGAUAUCGGCGGCGGCCGCUCCAGAUAG